AUUCACUUUCAGAUUUUGCUUCCUUCUUUCGUUUUGCAGCUUUCGUCAUCUUUUCUUCGCGAGAGAAAACUUUUGCAGAAGAAGAUCAAAUUCUUCAGAAAAACUGGUCGAAUUCGUCAGAAACUUCUUUAGGGCGUUGGAGCUGGAGCAUGAGCGGAGAUUCGAACUCGGAUAGAUUUCAGGAGAAUAAGAAGCGGAGAUGCUAGGAGAAUGUGGGAAGCUAUCCAAGGCAGAGAAACUGGUCGAGUUCGUUCUAAUUCCUUCGUCAAUCAAUUCAAAUCCCGCCGGAUUUUGUCUCUCCAGCUCUCUAAUCGAAAAGAUUUUGUUUCUCCUCACCGUGGCUCCGUUAACUCCCUUCAGGCUGAUUUGACAGAGGGGAGAUACUUGCUCUCAGGAGCAUCAGAUGGCUCUGCUGCUGUAUUUGAUAUUCAGCGGGCCACUGAGUACGAGGCAAGUGGUCUUAUUGCGAAGCACAAGUGUAUAUUUACUGUCGACAAGCAACAUGAAAAUGGACAUAAAUAUGCGAUAUCCUCUGCCAUAUGGUACCCCAUUGACACUGGGCUGUUCGUUACAGGUUCAUAUGAUCAUUACAUAAAAGUCUGGGAUACCAAUACUGCACAGGCGGUUGUGGAUUUUAAAAUGCCUGGAAAGGUUUAUAGAACUGCCAUGUCUUCUUUGGCAAUGUCUCACACGUUGAUUGCUGCUGGAACUGAAGAUGUGCAGGUCCGCCUCUGUGAUAUAGCUUCUGGGGCAUUCUCUCACACGUUAUCUGGUCACCGUGAUGGUGUUAUGUCAGUGGAAUGGUCUACUUCCAGCGAAUGGGUUUUGUACACUGGAGGAUGUGAUGGUGCAAUACGUUUUUGGGACAUUAGACGUGCUGGAUGCUUCCGUGUUCUAGAUCAAUCGGUAACACAACUUGGGGUUCGACCACCAGUUUUAAAGCACACAGCGGUUAGCAGUAAGAAGUCAGCAAAGUCUUCUUCGGGGGCACAAAAUAGGUUGAAAUCACUGCAAAGUAAACACACUGGCAGCCAGAUUAUAAAGGGAUCAUAUAGCGCUAAAGCUUCAGUGGAGAAAUCUCGACAGAAGAGACUUCACCCUGGAAUGUUAUCUACUCUAGAUCGUGCUACGGCUCAUUAUGGUGCUGUUACUGGAUUGAAGGCAACUAAUGAUGGGAUGUAUCUUCUUAGUGCUGGGUCGGAUUCAAGAAUACGAUUAUGGGAUACUGAAUCUGGAUGCAAUACCCUUUUGAACUUUGAAACUGGACGCAUCCAGACCAACAAAGCGAUUCAGUUAGCUACAAGCGAUGAUCCAGCUCUUGUAUUUGUCCCGUGCAUGAAGACUGUGAAGGCUUUUGGCAUGUGGUCGGGUAAAACAAGACUGAUGUUUCGUGGACACUACGAAAGCGUGAACUGUUGCUGCUUCAAUUCCACUGAUCAGGAACUAUACACAGGUGGUGCAGAUAGACAAAUACUUGUGUGGUCACCAGGCGGAACCAUGGAAGGCGAAAUGGUGCAAGAUGAAGUUGCCGAAGAUAAAGACAACUGGAGCGACUAAGAAAUCAAGUUUGGGGCAGUUUUUUUCCUUCACAACUUAUAUUAUAGCUUCGAUGGUUAUAUUUUUGCUGUAAAACCGAAAUGUUUUGUUAGUUAAUCAGAAUAUGUUCAUCCAGCUAAAAUGCAGUUUAUAUGACUUUCGAAAAAAAAAUUUGAAACAAUAACGGAGCUACAGGCAAACCUGCAUCGUAUUUCUAAUUUUUCUCAAACCCG